AUGAUUUCAUCGCUAAGAUAUAUGACGAACAUCACCGAUCCGGAAAAAAUCCUGCCGCUACAAACGUAUUACUUCUAUGAUAAAGAUCGGACUCCGUAUUAUGAACUCACAUUCACUGUGCAAGCUAUGUUAAUGAUAAUAACAGCUAUAUCUUAUACCGGCAUCGAUAAUCUAUUCGGAUUGCUCGUAUUCCACUUGUGCGGUCAGAUGGAAAUUUUGAAAGAACGAUUGAUCAACAUGAGACAAUACAAAACUUUCUACGACGAUCUCACUUUCAUCGUGGAGAAUCACAUACGACUAAUCAAAUAUUACGACAUUGUUGAAGGUACAUUCACUUUAUUGUUACUCGGAUUGCUGCUUUAUUUUGGUAUUUUAUUCUGUUUUUAUGGGUUUUUGAUCGUUGCGAUACUCACAAAAGGAAUGGAAAUGUCGGUAAUACGUUUGAUAUACCUAAUAUCUGCACUGUUAAACGUUUGCGGCCAUAUGUGCUUGCAUUGUGUAGUAGGUGAAAUUCUGGUAGCACAAUGCGAAAAAGUAUAUUAUGCAGCAUAUGAUUACAAAUGGUACAUGUUAGAGCCGGAAAAGGCAAGGAAUAUGAUUCCGAUAAUGAUACGAGCCAAUAAGACCCUACAUAUGACAGCUGGGAAAAUAUUUCCUAUGACACUAUCGAUGUUUUGCAACUUAAUAAAAACUUCGGGCGGUUAUGUAUCGAUUCUACUCGCCAGGCAAAGUUAAUAAAACUAAUUUCAUAGUUUGUGAAAGAAAGAGAUAUAUUAUAAUAUAUUUAUCAGGAUACAAUAAAAGAAACGUCAAUAUAUAUAUAUAUAUUUACUCGUUGAUCAAUAACGAUCGGGCAAUCGAUAAGUUCAAACGCCAAUGACAUAUAAGCAUAAUGUUUAUCACUGCCAUUAAGC